AUGGUUAGCUCGCCACGGGCCGGCCCGCCCCGCCACGGGUUGACCCGUUUGACAGCUCUAGCUAGCAUAGAUGUAUCCGGGACUGACAAAGAAUCAGUAACACCAUCUGAAGUUCCAGAGUUGAGCAAUGAAAGGAGUUUGGGUGUGCAUAACACUAAACGAACAAAGUGGUCAAUGGACGAAGAGAUACACCUUACAAAGGCAUGGAUCAAUAUUAGCACCAAUCCAAUCAUCAGUAAUGAUCAAAAGGAACAAACUUUUUGGAAACGAAGUGCGGAUUACUACAAGUAUCGGGCUGAUGAAUUUGUGGAGCAACCUUGGGUGAAGGUAAAAUCACAUUUCUAUAAGCUCCAUCUGAUGGUGAAUGAAUUUACAGCAAUAUACAAUAACUUUUAUACAUAUCGUGAAAGCGGGUGGACCGAUGAGAAUGUGCUCAAGAGAGCAUAUAAAAUGUGGCAGGAAAAUCAUUGCAACAAGUCCAUCAACUAUGAACAUGUUUGA